UAGCCCUGUCCCUUUUCUUUUUGAAGUGGCCGUCGCGCAUAAGAUCACCUGCCGCUGCCGCUUUUCAAUUUCAUCAAUUACAAAAUGCUUGAGUGUCAACCAUGUUCGCCUUCGCGUUACUUCCAUAAAAUAUUUUUUCUCGUUUCACAACAACUGUUUUCAAUUUUGCACUUUUCAUCGUUCCUGCCCCACUUCUUCUUUCUCCCCUCUGGAACGGAAGCAGCGUUGCCCUACCUCCGCCGGCGGACCGCGCUUUCCCGGCAGCUGCAACUGCGACAGUUGGAAGCUCUUUACGGUUGGAGACCACUGUCGUCCGCUAUUGGGGGGGCGAGGAGUAGCACUGCAAGAACUUCUGCAGCGACCACUACGACCACAGUACCGUCCUCGUCAGCCUCUAGCGGCGUUGUCGAAACAGGUUCUUCUAGUUCUGAUCUCGACGCAGUUCCAGAUACAGAUGCAGCCUCUGCUCCAUCGUCCCAAGUAGCAACGGCUGCGAAUCGUGUUGAUCCUGUUCCAACGAGCCUCCAAAACGCCGCAAACGAUGUCUUCGACAGCACCACUGGGGCAGUGUUUGACGAAGCGAAUCUCCUCCGUGCCCUUGCAGAUAGCGACUGGUGGAUGUAUCAAUUUUUGGUUCGGGGGCACAUUCUGCCAGAUGAGAACAACGCUUUGCCUGCUAGGGGCCCGGAAGGUACACCUCCAACCAUCGGAGCAGGAGCUCCUACAAGUGACGAUGUGCCAGCAGUACGCGAACCUUUAACGGCGACCACACCUACGCCCGCGCCCGUAGUUCUUCCUUUACAAGAAAGGCCACGCAGUGCCGCUGCUUUUGCUGGAUCAAGCACAGCAGGGGCAGCUGCAGCAGCUCUACCGACCAGUAGUUCCAGAGCGAGACACACCCAACCACCAGCAAGAACCGCCUCGACGACCCCGCGGCGCACCAUUCCUCUUGCGCGAAGCAAUCCGAUCUCGCGGCAUCUGACAGCUGUAGAGCAGGAGAUGGCCGAUUUGAUAGCAGCGAACAAUUUGGUCAAUCGAAAUCUUGAGGAAUUGGAGCGCUCUUUCUUGCAUAAUGCUGCUGUUCGACGUAAUAAUGGCACAAUUAUGCCACAACGACCACCAGAAACGAAUAACCCCGAUCUCGACAUCCGAAUGCUGGCUCGCCAAAUCGAUCAUCCGAACCCUGGUGCAGCGAAUACGCAUCUUGAUUCCUCUUCCGCGUCGCUGUCCGUAAGUACAAUGUCCAGCUCCACCUUUCCGACUAGCAGAGCUUCGUCUCCGCCGCCCGCGAGUUUUUUAAGCGCGGUAGAAGACAGCGAAAAUGCAGGCACGCGGGAGACUCGUCGAUAUCAUGACGGCGGGAGCGACCUGGCCAUUGCGCGGUCGAUGGGGAUUGACACGACUGCGGCUGCUGCUCUCGGCGAAGGCGGGAGUUCUUCUAGUACUGUUGUUCCGAUGGAGAUAGACAAUUCAUUGCCCACGACGUCGUCGACCAGUCCGUCCUCCACCAGUCCUGCGUACACAAGCCCGUCGUCCACAAGCCCCGCGCAAGAAGAGCCAGAACGAAUUCUCCAAAACGACUCCACUGCCGAAAACCACCGUUUCCCCGCAAAUGCAAUCCAGCACAGCGUUCUGCCGCCAUUCCCGUUGCCGCUUGCCGUGCUCGAUAGCGUGCAGAGUGCGCGAACCGCGGCUGGUCAACCAAGUACUUCGUCCACGAGGACUAGUCCAGGAUUACUUCGGAGAAACAGUUCCACUGGUCAGGCGUGCGCAAAAUUAAUGGACAAAAUCUGCUCACCGGUCAAGGGGCGGCGGCAGAGUAGAACGUGGAUGAACAACAACAUCUCUAGCAGCUCGGGGUCAGGUAGAAGCACUACUGAUAUUGCUAGCACAGUCGAUCAGGACGACUCCUCCCCUUUGUCGACAGCCAGCUCCACCACCGCUGGAAAUAGCACUACGUCGGAAGUAGAAGAUGCCAGUCCUGCGAGCAGCUGGGAGGCUGAUAGAAGCGUGACUGCAGUCUCACGAGGGCAGGAAAGCGCUUCAUUGCCUUCCAGUUCUACACCCCAACUCGAAUUACCGCCCAACGCAAGUCCUUCCGACGACUUCUACGACUCACAAAACUCUCUUCUCCCCGUUGGCAUCCCGGACCGGUUCUGCUGCCCCAUAACCCUCGUACCCAUGAAGGAGCCGGUCGCCGCGCUCGGAGAUACCUACAGCUACGAAAGAUGGGCACUGAAGGAACAUUUAAGGAAGAACGGCAAGUGGAAGAUCCACGGCGACGAGUUCGUCUACGAGGGGCGGCCCCCGAUUCCGGGCAACCACGCCCGGAUCACGUACCAGCCGAAGGUCGUGGAGGGGUGUUUUGUCGGCUGUUUUGGCUGCUUCUGGAAUGCGGUGGUUCCGGGGCAGGUGGUGCGGCGGAACCAGAAAUUGCAGAAGGAGAUUCGGCAGUUUUUCCGCGAGCACCCCGAGUUGGUGGAAGAAGAGGAUGAGCUGGAGGCGUGGAUCCGACAGCGAGCGCUGGACGAUUUGCCGAGGGUUUGAACCUACUUACACCGAUAGUUGUGGUGAUUAUAGCUGCCAGUCGUGCUCUGUGUAUGAUCUACGUGCUUGUUUGACUUUGAGCUUCAGCGCACACCAAUGACAGUUCUUGGGCAAAAGGCUGUAAGAUGAAUGAAAAAGUAGGUGCCCGCGGCACUCCGGGUCCUUCGAUGAAUCUGCCUCCCUCACAUUUUUCAUGUUUGUCAAAUGCAACCGGAAAAGUGUUUAGCAUUCGCAUGCGCUUUGCAAAACCACAUGGUCUGACGAAACAAAAACCCAACAUAAACAAUACUGGUGCACUGCUGCUGUCAACCCGCUUGUUGCAUACAUGGGAAUUACAAGUGUUCCAGGCUGGCUAUCGCGAUCAAAAAAGCGGUCAAGGUCACCACAAGAUCUGUCAACAUGGAG